AUGGUGGCUGAAUGGGCAUGGCUGAAAGGCUCUGUAUCGUAUCAGUGCGGUCAACUGGAGAUGCACGGGAAUACCACGGCAUCAGGAGAGCCGGGGAACCACUUGCUUUCCAAAACUCCACACCUGAGCAAGAUUUUGGCGAUGCCAACAGUUUGUAGCCCUGCAGUAUUUGCCAAACAUCCAGGACGUGGCCUCCUGUCAUGGGACAGACUGAUUCACCUUCCUGACAGAAAUCAGAAAUGGAAUGUAGUGGGCAUAGAGGAAAACCGUUUGUGUAGGAAAAGACACUCCAAAAAUUAUGAUUUCCAGAGGAACGGACAGCAGCUUUCGCAGUGUCGACAUGCUUCAACUUGGACUAGCACUGUUUUACAGCCAGGCCAUACAAAAGCAAACUUUCAAGUACUGUCAAGUGCCCAGGAAUACCAAAAAGAAGAAAAAAAGUUUAAAGGGUAUAUACCCAGUUACUUAGACAAGGAUGAGCUAUGUGUAGUAUGUGGGGACAAAGCCACCGGAUAUCAUUAUCGCUGCAUCACUUGCGAAGGUUGCAAGGGUUUUUUUAGAAGAACCAUUCAGAAAAACCUCCAUCCAACCUAUUCCUGUAAAUAUGAAGGAAAAUGUGUGAUAGACAAAGUAACAAGAAAUCAGUGCCAGGAAUGUCGCUUCAAAAAAUGUAUCUUUGUUGGCAUGGCAACAGAUUUGGUGUUGGAUGACAGCAAGCGGUUGGCAAAGAGGAAGCUGAUAGAAGAAAAUCGAGAGAAGAGACGUCGGGAAGAGCUGCAGAAAACAAUUGGGCACAAACCAGAGCCAACAGAUGAGGAAUGGGAGCUCAUCAAAAUUGUUACUGAAGCACAUGUGGCCACCAAUGCACAAGGAAGCCACUGGAAGCAGAAAAGGAAAUUUCUGCCAGAAGACAUUGGACAGGCACCAAUAGUUAACGCCCCAGAAGGUGGGAAAGUGGAUUUAGAAGCCUUCAGCCAGUUUACAAAAAUCAUCACACCAGCGAUUACAAGAGUGGUGGAUUUUGCCAAAAAGUUGCCUAUGUUUUGUGAGCUGCCAUGUGAAGACCAGAUCAUCCUUCUGAAAGGCUGCUGUAUGGAGAUAAUGUCCCUCCGAGCAGCAGUUCGCUAUGACCCCGAGAGUGAGACUUUAACACUAAAUGGGGAGAUGGCGGUGACAAGGGGCCAGCUGAAAAAUGGGGGUCUUGGCGUAGUGUCUGAUGCCAUUUUUGACCUGGGCAUGUCUCUUUCUUCAUUUAACCUGGAUGACACCGAGGUUGCCCUUCUUCAGGCUGUUCUGCUCAUGUCAUCAGAUCGCCCAGGCCUUGUUUGCGUCGAGAGGAUAGAAAAGUGUCAAGAGGGUUUCCUCCUGGCAUUCGAACACUACAUUAAUUACAGAAAACACCAUGUUUCACACUUUUGGCCAAAACUGCUGAUGAAAGUGACAGACCUGCGAAUGAUCGGAGCCUGCCAUGCCAGCCGCUUCCUGCACAUGAAGGUGGAGUGCCCCACAGAACUCUUCCCUCCGUUGUUCCUGGAAGUGUUUGAGGAUUAGAGAGACUGGAGCGGUUCUCCGCACCCCCCGUCGCACUACUGGCUGUCAUUUCAUCCCAUUGCCCGGCUCUUCUCCCCUCUGUUUCUUCUUCUUCUUCUUCUUCUUCUUCUUCUUCUUCUUCUUCUUCUUCUUCUUCUUCUUCUUCUUCUUCUUCUUCUUCUUCUUCUUCUUCUUCUUCUUCUUCUUCUUCUCAUUCUCUUGUUUCUUGAGGCGGGGUUGGGGUUUUGUUUGGGUUUUUGUUUAGGAUUGCUGGGGGGCCGUUGUAUACACAUGGAUGAAAACAUCCUUUUAAUGCGGGUACUUGUGACUAUUGCAAUUUGUUCUUCAGUCCUUUGAUGUGAAUGCUUUGACAGCUUAACAGUGAAAAUACAAACAGACCAGUCUCAUUCACCAGCACUUGCGUGGUCACCAGCUCACACACAUCAUUGCUUGGAAGAUAUGGGAGAGAAAUUGAAAUGGCAGAAAAUAAAUUGGCCUCCAAGUUAAAACAGCUAUUGUUAAUUUGACCCUGGCAAUUCUGUCUAGUAUUACCUCAUUUUGCAGGGCACAAGAGAGCAAUUCAUGAGAUGAAAUUUCUAGUCUUCGCGGUUGUUUCUAUUGUAACUAUCACCAUUAUGGUCUAGGAUCUUCAUCAUCAUCAAGAUCCCAUCAUUAUCUGAGGAUUGUUCCAGCAGACACGGCUUAACUGUGCCCCAUAAAUCAAGUACUUAAAAUAAUGCAGAGUGUUAGAAGGGACUGACUCUUUUUUUUCCAUGUGUAUAAGAAAGUAAGAUCCUUCGGUUUUUACUACAUUUGAACUCCAGGUAACUUCACUGGAAGGUCUGUUGCGGUCAGGAGGGGAAUUUGAUCCUCUGAGGUGCUUUUCCUGCAAGUGGAGAGGUCUGCUUUUCCUGAGGUGCAUGGAAAAUUCGUCACUCUAAAGGAGAAGGCUCUCUGUCAGGAUAGCAGGCUUUCCUCGGAGUUAUUCAGGGAUGUGAAUGAUCACAGAAUGAGGACAAGGAGAACGAAACAUACGGGGUGACCUUCAGAUGGGACAGAAACCAGCUGUGUUAGUAACAACACUCAAGACUGUACAGCUUUAUCCCAGUAAUACAAGUAGUGUUGCUUGGCAGUAAUCUUUUGUUUUAUAUAUAUAUAUAAAGUUUAUAUGCACGUAUAUAUAUAAUUUUAUAUAUAUAUAACUACAAAUCUUCAGCAGAUGUCUUAAACAUUUUCCCAUAUUUUUAUCUUCUCCCUCUCUCCGUCUCUCACCCUCUCCUGUGCGUGUGUGCGUUUAUAUGUGUUGAUCAGCUAGGUUCUCUCUCUUUGGUGUCUGCGUGUGUUCCGUUUGGCUAGAUUCUCUCUUGAUUCCUUUAAUUUAUUUCCACUAACUGCACUAGCAGGAACUGAACGGAGCAAUGACAGGAUGUCCUGCUGCCGAAACCUGCAAGCCAGUACUCACAAUCCUGGAAUGUUUGGGGGCCGGUGAUGAGGGCAUUAUAGGAAGAGGUUCCUCUCUGUCAUCCAUCUCCAUGCAGGGGUGUUGUCCCUGGGUUUUUUUUAAACUUGAUAUUAAACCAUUCUCUGAAUUUGUAUGAUACAUCAAAAGCAUCCUUCUGUUCUUCCUGGGAACCAGAGUCUUAGUUCACGUAUUUCGCACUUCCUCAUACCCCACGUUCUUUUGUGUUGUGCAUUCAUUUGUACCAGUUUCUUUCUCUGCUAUUUAUUGAUACAUUUGCCUGGCAAGUCAGUGGGCAUUGUUAGGGUGGAUGUUUUGACUUGGAAAGUUCAUGGCCCAUAUCUAAACCCAUAUGUUAUGUGUUUAUCCCCUCAUGAAAGUAUGAUACUCAGGAAAACUUACCUUGUAGGUGGAACACAAUGUGUGUGUGUCAGGGGCUAAAUUCUUUCCUCCUCUCUUUCCCUACAUCAUCGAUAAAACAUCUGGAGUGCUAUUGGCUAUGUUUUCAGGGACAUGGAAUCUUGUUCUCCCUGUUCUUGAUGCACCUGUGAUCAGUUGUGAGCGCUGAUGUUAUCACUUAGGGGUUUGUACCCAUCAUUUUGUGAGAAUAUAAAACAAAAUGGGAUGUAUAGGGAUGGUUUUUUUGCAGGUAGAAAGGAAGACAGACCAUUGGAAAUUUGUUCCUAAAUGUUUGCUGAAGUUGAAGAACCUCUGUUGUGGGCUGUGUUUGCUCCAUUUCAAAGCAUAUGUCUUAACAACAUCAGUCUCUAUCCAAAAUCCUUGUAGAGCACUGCGUCCUGGGGACAAGGAGUUAGAAACUUUCUAGCUUUUUGGAACGAGAGGCCAGACAAUGUGAUGAACUCGCGUGUACUCAUGCAGAAUCUCAGAUGAGCAGCAUCCAUAAUCAGUCAGUCAGUCAGAGCAGUGAAGAGUGCUAAAUACCUGAUUUGGCGCUGGCUUGGUAGGGAACUGAUAGCAUAUAUGGAAAGCAAAAAACCAGCUAAUCCGUUACUUGCAUCUAUACCCACAAUGGCUUGCAAAGAGAAAAGAAAUGUGCGUGUCUUUUGGAGUUCUGUUCUGCUAGAGAUCUGAGGAUGGCGUUCCUCCUGAAGCCAGUUCACAUAUCUCACCUGGUUGCUAAACGUGAGCUUGAGUUAGCGUACAAGUUUUGACUGUGCUGCAGAUGAGACCCGGGAGAAAAAACAUGACAUUUCUCUUAGUAAUAUUCCCGGUGAUCUCACUACUACAAGGUCCAUGAUGCUUCAUGUAUUUUUCAGAGCUUCAGUUCCUGGAGUUGUGCUGCUGCUUGAGAGGUUCAGUCUGUCAUUAAGGUCAACAAUUCUUAUCCUUUGGGCGACCAAAAAAAUCAGUAGCCUAAACGUUAAUUAUUCAGAUGGGAAGUCACUAUCCAACAGGGAUUUAGCUCGUAACUACUGAGGCCCUCACAACUGGCUUUUGAACACUUGGGAUUGUUAGGACUACAUUAAUAAAAAAAUAAAUAAAGAUCAGAGGUUAGGAAAAAAGUUAGUUACUGGAUUGACUUGGGGAAGCAGCAAGAGAUGAAAGAACUUGAAGUGCUCUGAACAGAACUGCAGUUUGAGACAGUGCUGAGAAUUAACACUUUGCACACUGGCUGCUGUAAAAAUCAUUGCUCAUACAGCAACUUGUCCCCAAGGUCUACCUGGCAAGUUACAAAGUUUUCAAACACAGCCUGCAUAAAUAGUUGUCUGAAUUCGGGCAGGUAAGCUGCAUUUAGGCAUCCGAGCUAAUGGUCUGGCUUCCCAAGAUGCUGAUGCUGUUUGGAGUUGUGGUUCAUCAGGGUUCAGAAAAAUCAGGCCUCUUUCCUUAGGUGACUGCAGAUGGACUGAAGUGCCUAAAAUCAGGCAACGACUUUGACAGGUUUGGCAGUGCUUUAAGCAGAAAGGACAUAUGUCAACAUACUUUUCUAGCUUUUUAGGUAAGUUGGAAUCUGGCACUGAUUAACAGAGGGGGAUUAGUAGUAUUCCUCAAUUGAAAACUAAGACCAAGCUCUUAGUUUGACACAUUUGAUGUACUGACAUCUAAUGGCCUCUGAUCUCCUGUCAGUCUUACUUUGUGUGAUUUCAUUGACUCCCUCAGUACGACUCCUGAUUUAUAUGAUCACGAGAGCAAAACCAGAACACACGAGGGUGAUCUUGUAGACUCUUACCAGUGGAUACUGACCUCAGUCCUACAAAGACAGACUUGCUGUUAAAUAUUGGUGGUCUCAAGGGGUUGAGCCACUGGAUUGACCAUCUGAGUGGCAGACGUCAGUGCUGCAGUCAGCACCCUUUGGGGUAACUGGCCUUUUGAGUGAAAUAACGAACGUGCACUUUCCAGUGCAGUCCAGAGUCUCGUUUCUGAUGGUGCCAUGUAACUCUCACGUUUCCUUUGUGGUCUACGUGUGGGUCUUGCGUAGAAGGUUCUUCCUGUCAAACCUGAUUGUCACCGUCCAUGGUUUUGCCCUGAGUAACACGUGCAUUUAGAUACUCAUUUCAUGUGUAAUCUCAGUUAAGUUAUGAUAUUUAUAAUGACAUAUAUAGUGCGUGAUAAUGAUUUUUGUUUACAUUCUGCCAAAAUGUAGACGUUAGAGUUAGACCUCCAAGGUCCAAAAUCAUCCUUGAGCAGACUGCUUGCUUCUUCAGAGGCAGGCAUCAGGAAGAGGAAAAAAACUGUCCAGAGAGACCAUUUAUAUCAGAAAUCUGCCAAGACAGGGCUGUUGAUCACAAGCGGAGCAUGUCGUUGCUAGUGAUGUAUUUUUAUGCUAUGGAACUCUAACCUGUAUGUGUCAUAUUGACUUUUUGCUGCAUGAAUCAUAAAUUAUAAAAAUCAGUCUUACGGUUUUGAGAUGUAGCCAGCAUUCCUAAGGCUAAACCUUUUUCAUUGACAGAAUCAAAAUCCACAACCAAGGAACGUAUUCCUCUCGCUGUGAGAGCGAUUGAAAGUGUUCAGCAUUUUCACAAAGGAAGAGGCGACCGGACCUCUUAAUGUGUCUUGUUAUCGUGAUCAUCUGGAAAUGAUUGCCAGACGUUUCCUUUUGAUACAGCAAUGAAGUGAUCCAUAUUUAAAUUUUAUAGAGAGAAUUUUAUUCUAGUGUGAUAGAGAUUUAUUUUCCACUUAAAAGACUCGAAGCGGUGUGAGCACAUUUUUUUACUAUGGUAUAUUUUUGCUUUAAAAUUAAAAACAAACAAAAAAAAAAAGGUUUGGCCUUAUCACGAAGUUUUAGUGUGUCGUAUAGAUGUUAGCAAAUGCAAAGAGUAAGCAUUAUUUGUGUGUAUCCACAUUGACUGAUGUCGCCUUCAAAAAGCAAUAUUGUGCAGGUAAUAAGUUGUUUGUGACUGUCCAUUGCACAGUUUACCUUCUUCAAAAGCUAACCUUGUUUAUGCACAAGACAAUCAAAUGUAAAUCUACAUCAGCAUCCGGGUGUAGAUUAAAUUUAUGUAAAUUACUGAGCACAAUGUAAAACAUUAAAAGACACUUUAUUUAAUUACACAUUUAAUGUUGGUAAAGAUAGUAUCAGGGCAUGAACUAGCUGACAUACUGUAAUUUCUUUUUCUCUUUUCCUACUUCCUUAGCACUCUUCAGUUUUAGUUUGCUCAUAAAUACAUCAAAUUAGGCAUUCAUAAUUUUUUUUUUUAAGAGAAGGGUGGUGUUUGGGGUGUUUAUUUGUUUUUAUGAAGUUGGUUGGGAGGACUUCUUACUUUGUCUAUGAGGUUUGUGGGUUUUGCUUAUUUGGCUUAUUUUUUUAUAUCAGUUUCGUGCCCUGAGGGUAAGGCAAACAUUACACCGUACAGUAAAAAACAAAGUACCUUGGAUGAUGUAUUUUUUUGCAAACAGUGUUAAGAGUUAUGCUAGAUUGGUAAUAUUUUUUCAGCCUGAAAUAUAUUAAAAAAAAAAAAAUCUGUGAUCACAAAUGUUUUAAACUAUCUAAAGAGAAAAUUUGUAUAUUUGGGGAAGAAAAUAAUUUUUACAUAGCUUUUGUAUGCAGAUAUUAAAAUGUAAUUAUGAAUAUAGUGGGCAUAGAUAACUGUGUAAGCUUGACUUCUAAAAAAGAAA